AUGAAAGAGUUCAAGAAGAUCGUCACAAAAAAAGAGGAAAUCAACUUUUCAAUCAAGGAGGAAACGAACGGCCAUUUUGUUUAUGUUCCAUUUAAGGAAAAUAGUGAUCACAUUCCGGGUAAGUUGAGCUUUGCAUUUUAAAAGCGGGACAUAUCUUUUGUACUGGAAAAAAUCAACUGUUCAGGUUUUGUUUAUUUGCUUCAUAAAUUUCAUUUAUUAAGAGAAAAGAGAGUAAUGGGUAAGCCUUUAACCUUUAGGUCAGGAAGUUAACUUUCUUGGCUGUUGCUUUAGCUAGUUUACUGAGGCACUCCAAUCAUAUCGUUUCAAAGAAAGGAGUAAUCCAUAUACAACACCCAUAUUUAAACAAGAUUGCAAUCCCAACUAGCAAGGGGUGUAUACAAAACCCUGGGCUGCUAGCCCAUGACAAAGAAUUUGAAAUAUUCAGGAUGACAGAGACAGAGCAGGAUUUAGACCUUUGACAACUUGGCCACAGUGCCUUGUAAGUAAUGGCAAUUGAUUUUUAAUGCCAACACAAUAGUUGUGCUUGAAGUGCCCCAGUAUUCAACCUAAAGUCUGAUUCAGGCUUUCCUUGACUUCCAAGCCCUAAUAAUUUUGGUUUAACCUAUAGAGUGUUUUCACUCACGUGGCCAGCAUUUAUGCAAAUUUAUGGGAACAAAAGAAAGCGUUUGCAUAAGAAAAGAGUUCAUCUCCCACAGGAUUGGUUUGGGACACCAACAUGGCUGCCGUUUCAUUGUUUUGGGACACCAAUAUGGUCGCCGUGACGUCAUGUGAAAACACUCUAUUAAAAGCAGUUUUUGCCUGCAACAUGUAUAACUUACAACUGUUGCUUUUACAGAGACAUACUGUUUAGGGGGUCUUAAAAGUCCUGAUCUGGGGCUGUUUUCCUCCCCUUAAGUAACUGCAAAUUAAAAUGCAGUGAUACCAUAAAAUUUUGAACAGCCUGUAACCCUUAGCUUAUACCAGAUCUAGGCCAAUACUAGUCAGACUAAACUGCUUGAAAACUAUACCCUUCACAACACCGCAGCAAAAUGCACUGCACACAAGCAAAGAAUUCAAUAUCACUUUUGUAUUUCCAGUUGCGUAUAUAAACCAAUUGAGAAAACCAAAAUUCCUGCUGAGCAAACUUUAAAAUCAAAAAGGUAGAAACUGAAAUAAAAAGGGAGGGAAAACAACUAUUUCAAUCCAAAAUUUAUUUAUUUUUCUAGUUUCAGGCUUUUGCACCAAGGGUGAAAAUCAUGUUUGAAGUUUGUAGGUCACUAGUGGUUGACAAGACCAAAUUUGUUUUUGUCUGAGUUUCUUGCAUGCUACUGGUUUGGUAUUGGUUCUUUUUGAAGAGGGCAAUAGCUAUAAGGAAAAAAAAAGACAACACUUACUAAAGAAGUAACCAAAGUAAGGACGUCAAUAUUAGCUUUUAACACGAGAAUUACCCAGUACCUAAACGCUUGGUCUGUUCUAGCUUGCCAGCAAGCUCUCUAGGACUCUCUGGCAGCCAGGUGGGAAACGCAAGGAGAGCUUGCAACUACGUUUCCAGAAUUUGAAUAUCUGCAUUGAAAAAGUUGAUGCAAAAUGCUGAUUGAUGGGGAUGACAUUAGCAUUGAUGUCAUUACCCUUGGCAAAUGUUUUUCAAUGUUUGUUUACAUUUGUGCUCCUUUCUGCUUCCCAAUUCGAGCUGAUUGGCGGAAAUCUGACAGCUCAGUCCACGGGGAGCUACAGGGGAAUUGCAAGUGGAAUUCAUAUUCCAGAGACAUAGUUGCAAGCUCUCCUUCCUUUCCCUGCCCCGCCGCCAAAGCACUCCGGAGAGCUUGCUCAGGACUUCAACGGGAUUUGAACCUGUGACCUCGUGAUACCAGUGCAAAUUGCUCUAACCAUCUAAGCCAUGAAGCCACUGAUGUUGGGACCUGGUCAAUUAUGUGUUCAAAAUGUUCCCGUGAAAGAGAUGAAUGUGACAAAAGUAUAUCUAAUAAAUCAUAUAUAAAAACUGCGGAAAUGAAAUCAAAUGAAGAAUGAUCCUCGCAGUUGUGAACGCAAUUUAUGCAAUUGCAUAAGAAGCCUGAAAAAAUUCAGGACAUCAGCAGGAUUUGAACCCGUGACCUUGUGAUACAAAGGGAAAGGGAGUAUCUGUCAUAGGAACUGGUGUAUUUGCAUUGCACCCACCAAUUUCUCUGCUAAUCCAUUAGUGCCAAUGGUCGUUAAGUGAUUGAACUGAAAUGAUGUGCUCUUCUCAGUGUGGACUGGCAGACGCAUCGCUUUGUUUGCCAGAAAUUGUCAUGCUAAGACAAGUGUUCUUCAUGAAUCCAAAUGGUAUCAAAAUUUAGCAACACGUACAGAACAGAUUUCAUUUGUUUUUAAAGUUAGAGCUGCCCAGCAAAAGUGACCACAAAUAUGAUUAUGGUAAUAACCAAAACUUAUGGUCUUGCCUAAUCAAAGAUAUGCCAGACAGAGAUACUAAUCAUUAAAGGAGAAAUAACAGGCUUUUGACAAAAAAACAUGUUUUCUGCAUGACCUGUCAUUGCAUCGUGGUUGUUUCUUACUAAAUACACAUCAAUAACUUACUCAUUAUGGUUCAAUUAGCCAACUGGAAAUUUGCAGCUUCCAGAUUGGCAGAAGCAGCUACAGAAAUGAACAAAAGGAGGUUUUUAUAGCAGGCUUUUCUUUCACCCCUUAUGAUGCCACUACCAUGCAGGCCAAAUUUCAAAAGUAGAAUUCAAAAAGGUUAAUAAAUGGGGCUGCUAAUAAAUCCUGAAAGUAGCAAUUCCAUUCAAGGCAGAUUCUGUGAGACACUUAGUUCUGCAGUUACCAGGGGGAUUAUUGCUUUCUAAUCUUUUAAAAAGCUCACUAAAAACUGUAAGAAAAACUUGAAAAAGAGUCUGACAUCAAAGAUAUAUUCUAGGCAGAUACAUGAAGAGCCCACCCACUGCAUGUGGCAGCAACAGGAAACUGGAGCUCAAGGGAAUUCAUCUUUCUUUUUAAGAAUGUUUCUGUGAACUUCCGUCUUGAAUUUCCAGGAAAAAUCUAAGUUGUAUUGUAUAUAUAUGCAGCCGACUUCUGAUAACUCAAACCCUUGCUAACUUGGGCCCUGGCCUAACUCAAACCAAAGUUAAUCCCCUGGAUUUCCUUCAUACAUUUACUGCAAUUUUAACCUUAAUAACUCGAACCCUUGAUAACUCGAACCUCCCACUAACUUGAAGUAAUUUUUGUUUCCCUUCAGGUCAUUUCUAUAUAAUUUUACCCUCAAUAACUCAAACCAUGUGUGACAAAUUCAGUACCCAUCUCUGUAUACUUUGUUGCUUAAUAAUUAAGCAUAAUUAUAGUCAAUGUAAUUAUUACAUUCCCUCCUCAUCCAUUUGCUUAUAUGCUUAUUUCCGGUUAUUAAAUGCUUUAAACUCUUGAUAACUUGAACUCCUGAUAACUCGAACUUUUUUUGAUCUCCUUAGAAGGAUUGAGUUCUGUUAUGUACAAAAGGACAUUGAUUUUUUUUCUGUGAGCUUGUUUUGGGUUUUCUGCAAGUUAAGCAUAUAAUCUGCUUUAAUUUUUUCCCCAGCUGGUUGUAUGUUAUAUUCACUGAAUGAUACUCUUGUUUCCAACUCUGGUUUACAUCUCAGUGGAGUUCAGGACUAUCUGUCCUCAUCUGAACAUUAUCCAAUAGUCCUUGUAUUCAGAUCAGAACAUGGCCAUCAAGAGCUGAAGGGAAGAAAAAUGUUGACGGUAAUGCAUUAGAUUUCAUCAAGUAGUUGAGUGUAAUAAAAUUUCUAUCUCCCUCUCUCUCUCUCUACAUGCCUUGUAGAGCCCUUGUUUCCCCUAUGAUCCUUUGUGUGAAAGGAAAGCCACCUCUUUGAUCUGUGAAAUGAACUGUUACUAUAUUACUUACAUCAUACACAAUCAAAACAUAGGUGCUCAUUCGUAUGUCUCUAGAUCAAGUCAUGAACAUACCAUUAUUAAUCCAUUAAGAUGUUCAGUAGUCUCCUCACAGUCCAGCUGUGCUGAUGAUGACCUCCUCAAUUGCAGUGUGUCGAUAUUUAACCUCUCUAGCUUUUUCUUCAGCUUUUUCUCACUGCACUCUCAAAGGCACAGAAAUUUGGUGUGUGGGAUUUUUUAGGGGCUAAUUUUUGUGACAGGAUUUUUGUGGGGUUUUCGUUUUUGUCUGCUUUCAAUCAUCCCCGUCAAUUUGAUUCUGGAGGAACUCCCUCACCCCCCCCCAACUCCCAACCCCCAACCCCCCACCCACACCCAUAGCAACAGUCACAAUGGGCAUAACCUCCACCCUUGUGUCUCAUAUCCUCCUAAUCAUUAGUUAAUUACUGCCAUGUCAAUAUUUCAUGAAGAAACAAUAAUCUUUUUUAUCUUUUGAAGGAACACAAUAAUGGUGCUAAAUCUAUUUCUAUCUUCAUGAUCAUCAUUUUGUUCCCUAGUAAUUUAUUUAUGUAUUAUAUCAAUUUUUAUUAAUCAGUAAAAUAUCUCCUUAUUUUUGGCACAUGUCUAUCAUAAUAGUAUCCAUUACCAGAUGACUUUUUUGGACAAAUACCUUCAUUAACUAAAGAAGAAAUAAAACAGUACACAAGCUUGGCACAUUCAUGGGUUAAAGGAUUGCUGGAUGCUACAACAACAGAUGAGGUAGUACAGUUGUACAAUAUUGCAUCAGCAAGCUAGAACCUCACAACACCACAAUUACCACACAGUUUACCACAGUUUACCAUCCUGUUAUUAUGAUCCAGCGUGCAAAGAAAGUACUGUCCGAUAGCCCGGGGCUAGUGGAUUUUGCUAUCGGGCUAGUGAAUUCUGUUUUUAACUUGCCCGACAGGCAAGUGAUGUUUUAUGAGGAAUUUGAAUAACAGAAGAACAAAAAGUUUUUGGGGCUAGUUGAAAUGACGUCUGGGCUAGUAAAUGCUAGCUUCAGCUUGCCCGAUUGGCAAGCUGUAAAAAUGAUUUUCUUUGCACCCUUUGAUCAAAAGUCUGACUAGCAGUUAUUUUUUAUUCAACAACCCCACAUCAACUUUUAUUACUUUUUAUAUACUGUUAGACUAUGAGUAGCCCCCAUUUUUCCUCAGGGAUAGUAGAGUGAGCGAAACGUGAGCACGUGUGAAAAUCACCCCACAGGAGAAAGGCGAGACAAGGUGGGGAGAGAAAAAUGAGGGACUAUAGACAAAGCCCAAGCUUUUGACCCUUCACGUGUGACUGAUUCUGGAGUGUGAAGUUCGUAUCCCCCUCCAAAUCAAUUAAGUGCAUCCAAUGGGGUUCCUUCUCUUAUUGAGCUGUCAUUGCUCUUGUCAUUGGUAAACUGGGCGGAUAUUUCUAAUUUUCUUCGCAGCUGUUUUGCGUGAAGAACUUGAUAGUGUAAAAAGGGGGGGUGGUAGGCAACACUCGACCUUUACCUCAUGCCAAAAUGGUGCUUGUUGCAGUGAAUUUUUUUAUCUGAUGGGUAGAUUAUGCUCUGAAGGAAAACGUUUUGACUGAGUAAAUGUGAUUUUUGCUGCUUAUUUCACACUGAGACGAUGCGACGCGCAUAUUAAUUUUCUGCAGUUAUUGCAUGAUUUGCCCUCUGAUGCAAGAGCAUUUUAUUUGAUCUCUUUUGAUAAGUAAAGCUCUUCAAUGUGGCUAAAUUAAUAAGGGUUUUGGGAUGUUUAAUUUCUUUGGCAAAGUGCCUCCUGGAUCUGAAUAAUUAUAAGCAAUAAUUUAUUUUCUUUUUGUCUGUGAAAGUGACGGUUUCCUGCAAUGUUUUGUCACGCUGGGGCCAGCUUGUUAGCAUUUUUAGCAGGUUGUUAAAUUCUUACAGAUAGUGAUUUACAGAUCCAAAUCUUGAAGAAUGGAUUGCUGCUUAAACUGAUCAAAGCUACAUUAAUGAUGAAGAAUUGCGAUUGCGAUUUCGUUCACUCUACUAUCCCUGAGGAAAAAUGGGGACUACUUGUAGUCUAAUUUACUGUAGCAAAUCUUUAAAAACCUUUGGGAUCUUAAAAAUGCUUAACGUCGUCUUAAGAAUAAAUUUGAUCAAUCUUUGGAAAGCUUCACUUGUGGCUUUAAAAUUUAUGGAAACUUAAUUUUGAACUCUCUUAAACUUCUUGAACUUACAUCAUAAUUAUUAAAAUAUUAUCUAAUGAUCAUUUCUCCAAUCGGCGACAUAAUUGUUGAGUGCAUGUCCUCAAAUGGGGUAACUUCACGGAGAACAGAACAAUCCACACCCUUCCUCUCUCUCCUCCAUUCAAAGUUUGAGUGUUAAUUUUUUUUACAGGUAGCUUAAACAGUGGCACAAUAUUGCAUUGAAAGUGCUUAAAUUUUCAGUUGCCUUUAACAUUAUAGGGAGGCCCUUUAGGGCAAUGUGUCUCAACCGAUUGUUGGUAUUGUCACAUGUUUUUUUAUUUUUUGUUUUUGACUUUUUUUCUCAGGGGUUUGAGUAUGUCUGCACAAAGAAUGGUGUUGAUAUUUACCAAGGAACAGUGCCUGGUAGUCAGGUAUUCAAAACUUUGUUGGCAUUCAGCUAAAAUGACCUUGUUCUCCUCUGUUGUUGUAAACAUUACUUUGAGCAUUAAAAAAGAAUCAUCGCUUAAGGCCUUCUUGUGCUUUUCAGUCUCUCCAGCAAUUGAGUUUUAUUUUAUAUUCACUACUUAGCAUAUCAUAGGACUCCUAGAUAGCCAACCAGUCAGGUUGCCUGAAACACCAAGAUCACUGAGUGUGUAUGUUGCAGUUCAGUUUUAUCCUUGCUUUAAAUGUUAUUUCCCUUUGUUUUAAAUUCAUCCUCAUACAUUUCUGUACUGGAAAACAAAGGGAAAUGAAAUUUGAACCAAGGAUAAAAUUGAACCACAAUAUAUAUACUGAUAGCUAUUCUGAAUGAAGGAUAGUUAUUGUCGUAUACAUCAUCACCUGAUGAAGACCAGCAGCAAGUGUCUGACUCAAUACCAAAAAGAGUAUUUUGACACAGGCAACUAAUAUCUGUCAAAACUUUAUUUAUUUUUAAUAAUUGGAGUGUGUUUUCUUGGUAUUAUUUCGUAAACAGAAUACACAGGUGAAUUUUAAAAGCAAAAAUUAUUAAAAAAAACAGAAUGGUACUGUGAAACUCAGUCAUCAGAGCAAAAUGUUGCCUCUUAGAAAAUCUUAGGAAUACAUCAUCAUUUGCAGCACAUGAAUACAAGUAUCAUCAAGUUUAAGGUAGCCCUAAGACAGUGUUCUUAUUCAAUCUGUUCUUUAAUUUGUCUUUAGAUUCAUCUGAUCCGGGGAACCACCCGAGUAAAGACAUCAAAAGACGAAGCAAGAGCACUCAUGAUAGCACCGACCACCGAGAGUUUUCGUCGUCUUUUUCAUAUGAUUGGUACAAUUAUAAAUAACCACAUCAGAUGCUUUUACACUGAGAUUUUGUGACCAUUAGUAGCUGGCCAUGCUUGUUACAUUUAAUACUAUUAUAAUUACUCGAAAAAAUUAUUCUGCACCCUUGGGUUUGUUGCAGUACAAAUUUUUCCCUUGUUCAAAGUUUAUUUUCCUUUGCUUCUGUGUACAAUGUUAUGAGAGUAUAAAUAGAGGAAAAAUAUUAUUGAUCCAUCCAAGGACGUAAAGUAACAUCUGCAUCUAAUGAUUUUCACCAUCACCAUUUCUCCUCUUAUCUUUCCUUGCAAAAAUGUAGCAACCAGUGAGUCAUUAGUCCUCAAAUUUGCAUAAUUUUACAUUCAUACUACACUCUUUAUUGUCAAAGCAGCAACAAAAAAAAUUUCAUGAGAUUAUUGAGGGGGACUUUGAUCCAUCUAGUUUGUCUAUUUAUUUCAAGUAUAUAAGCAGAUGCUAUUACAUUGUUAUUUUGGCAGUUCAACAGUGACCCAAGAGGGAAUUCACGUUUUCCCGUAAACGUAUGAGAGAUUAGCUGAAUUUUCCUUGUGUUUCUUCCAAAAAUGGGCGUCCAUAGGACGGCUGGACGGCCUUCUGGCUAAAACCUUGCUCCAGAUUUAAAGUGACAGUGACAGAAAGGAUUUUUUGGGGGUUGAAAUUUUCAAUUUCGGGUUUUUUUUUGGUUAGGAAAAUAAUUCGGCAAGUAUUUUUUAGGGGUGCAGCUUGAUUUAAGUAGGGAUUUUUUUGGUAUUCAAACAAUCUGAAGAUUCAUGGUAGUGCCCACAUAUCUCAGCCACAAAGUGCAACCAAGUUAAGUACAACAGAAAUGUGGCAUGGGGGGUUGUAUUAAGCCCAAGAAUUUUUUUGGGUUUUUAUUUUUGCCCCCAUUCAAUCAUCCCCAUCACUUGAAAUCUGAACUUACUGCCCCCUCACCUCCCAGGAACAGUGAAACAGUGAAGUAAUUAACAAUUUUGUUAACUAAAUGACUCAUUGUCAUUGGAUGCAACAACAAUAUAACUGUCAGAAAUUGUGUGAUCAUUUUCCAUGACUAUGCCUAUAAAAGACUUUAUUUAACUUUUAUUGACCUUUGUAGCUAAUACUCUUGUUUGUUUUGCGUAUAAUGUAAUAACCUAAUGAAAGCAGAGCACAAAAAUUAGCGGUACCAUGAUGCCUUGAAGGAUUUGCUGUUAUCACUUUUUACCAAAUACCGUCAGUAAAAAGGAAUGAAAAACAAAUAAAUAUGAUUGCUGAUAACUUGAAUGUACGACUUAAUGUAUUGAUCAUGUUAUGUUUUCUGCAGAUGUACAUUUUCAGGAUGGAAUGGUACUUCAUCAGUUUCCAGAAGGUUACAAAGCCCCUGAGCUCCCAUUUUACUGUAUUAAGUGGGCAAUUAUGGGAAGUCCUGGACCAGUGUGGGAGAGAGAUGUGUGUUGGCUGGAAUAUGCUGAUAUUAUUCAUGAUGAGGCAGGCAAUGAGCUUGGCUUUGGAGUGGUAUGAAUUACAAUACAGUCAAGUAGCUGCCAAUUUAUUGCUGUUAAACUUCAAGUAAAGCAGUCUUUUAUUUGAGCCCUUCACAGGGCUGUCAACCCCCCACAUCUUCAAAUAUUGAGAAUUGAUAGGGAAGGGAUGAAAGAUGAUGUCAUAAUGCACUGCUGAUGACAUCAUUUAUGAAAAAAAUACCCGAUCAUCACAAAUUUGUGAUGACACAAAAUGCGUGAAAAGGGUGUUGUUGGCCUUGUAACAUUUGACUUGAUUGGUUUACUUCGCACCAAUCACAUUAUUUCUGAAAUUACGAUGGUAAACAUUUGAUACUGAAACAUAACAGUAAAAUAGCUCAAAAAAUGCAAAAUAGUUGAAAUUUUAUUGUCUACCUGGAUUCUAAUGAAGAGAUGGUAAACUUCAGUGAUUAUCUGGGAGAUUUCAUACUCAAAUCUGGAGACAGGGAGAUACGGUCCAAAAUCUGGAGUCCCCCAGACUCUCUAGGAGAGUUGACAGCAGUGACUUCAGUUUUUAAGGUACUAGUACAUUCUUAAGCUAAGUUGGAAGCAUUUAAUGGCUUUCUAAGCAGAAGUCGAUAUCAUGAAAUAAAUCAAAUCAGUGCUUUUAAUGAAUCUCAUUAUAAAUUUGCCCAAGUCAACAGCAGUGAAAAAAAAAUUACUACUAGUAUAAAACUGCAGCAUCAUGAAAAUCGAACCUGUGCUUACAGGAUACCUUCAGUGAAUUUAAUUCUGGUGAUAUAAAACUUUUAUUAGGGAUCAUCAAUAACCAGACCAGAAUGUCCUACUUUGGAGAAUCACAAACUUGUCAGGGCUGAGAUCUCAUGCACUGGAUACGUGUUUAAACGUCGGCAAAAUGAUCCAGGAUAUAUGGAUGUAGGUACCUCUAGACCUCUAUUUCCACAUUAAGUUUUGACAUCUGUUUCACAGUUCGGGGAUGUUGAAAUUUGCAAAUUUCAGGAUUGAUUUAAAAUUGUUGAAAUGUACAGCACGUGUAACCACCUCAGUCUUAUAUUACAAUUUUAAUGCACUGAGGUGUAUGACUACGCAUACGACUAUGCAUGUAUAUUUAAAAAAAAAUGAAAAUAGUUUUUGCAUGUAGGACUGUACAGACUGUAGUGAAUAAUGAACCUGUAGCUAGUGACUACUUCCUGUCUCAUAUAAGCAAUUACCAAAUCUUGAUUGUCACUUAUGGUGACAGUGUAUGCUGAAAUACAGAUUGAUGGUGAUUCAAGGAAAUGACAUUGGCAUUAGCUAAUUUAAAAAUUCCUUGAUCUAUGUGAAUUCUUGCCCAUUACUAGGUUAUAGGAAUACUUUUUCAAGAUAAUUAUUUAAGCAGAUGACCAGGGCUGUGUAUGAAAGUAGGACGGGGACAAGGGGACGGGGACAUCAGGAUGCAUGUGUGGGGACUUGGAACUUGGGGACGCGAGACGAGGGACUUGAGGACAUCAAGUAUGGGACGCGGGGACGUGUGGGAUGGGGAACAGGGACGCAGGGGACGCCUGAUGUGAAUAAUUAUAGCAAAAGUCGGAGGUAAAUAUUUCUUUCUUCGUGAAAAUGUGUUAUUUAUGGUCAACAUUAGAUUCCAUCUUCCAAAAGCACAUUGGACUCCUUAUGAUGUUUACACAAAAUAUUGCUUUAUUUUAGGGGUAAGUGCACUGACUAUCGUGAGUAGGGUUAGGGUUGAUUUCCACUGUCGCGUAACUUUUCCAUGCCUACGUGCGUAAAAUUUCUGUUCGCAAAUAAAAUAGAGGCAAUGUCUGAAAGGUAGCACGUAAGCGUAAAAGUAGAAUUUCGCUCAACUUCACGAUUAAUCUGAACAAUUUAUAUCUUGCCUCUAUCUUAUUUAUGUGAUUAAAAUUUACUUGCAUUAACGUGCAUGGCCAAAAAUGCAUCAGUGGAAAUCAACCUUAAAGUACUGUUAGCAAGCAUUUACUGUUACGUUUGCCACUAAAAAUAUGUAGGACAAAAUAAAUGUUGCUACAAUAGUAAGUUGAAUCCCUCGUGGAUUAGUGGUACAGGCGAUGGAUUUCAGAGCCGGGGCACUUGGGUAUUUUUUGGGGGGGUAUCACAGGAAAAAAUAGCAGUUCCCAUUUUUGGAUAUUUUUUUGUAUUUAAAGAAUACCCAUAAAAAUCCCAAAUUUGGGACAAGAGACAAGUCCCAACCAGGGAAUUCCCAACCAAGUUCCCUGAUUGGGACUUGUCUCAAAAAAAAUUUUUGUGGGUAUUCUUUAAAUACCCAAAAUUCCAAAAAUGGGAAAUCGGAUUUUUUCCCUAAAAUUGGCACCCCGUUCUAAAAAAAAAAUUUCGGAUCCCUAAAAUUGGUACCCCAUUCUAGAAAUAGGCCAAUUUUUUAUACUCCGUUCUAGAAAGUUUGUAAAUUGAAAUAGCCCUGUUUUUUUAUAACAAUAUUUCUUUAUUUGUUCGACUUAUGCAUAAAAUGAACGCUUCUUCAUAAUCAGCAACAAUUUGAAGCAGAAGAUAAAGCCAUGAUCCACAAUUUGUUAUACCCCGUUCUAGAAAACGCCUCUGAAAUGGAUACCCCGUUCUAAACCAGGAGCUUCAAAAUCACGACCCCAUUGGGCAGCACAUACCCGUAUAGGUAAUGUAUGGGAGUAUCCCCCAGGUUUCAGAGCUAGCACUUCGGGGUUCGAAGCUCACUUAUGCCACUUAAUUUUUUAUUUAUUUGGAAUCAAAUGUUGUUAUUCUACAUAAAUUUUGGCGACCGCAACCCACCCUACCCUGCUUUGGGCCCCAAUAUUCCACCAGCAAGAAGACAAGGACAACGGUUUCACUUUCUUCAAUGCAGGGGGUCUUUGCCAAGUCUUCGCUUCAUAAACAGGCAUGGAGGAACCCUAAGGAGGGAAGGGUGGGUUGCCUUCACCAAGACAUAUUCACGAGGAAAGUGACUGACAUCGCAUUUACUUCCGACUUUUGCAAUAAUUAUUCACAUUGCGCGUCCCCUGCGUCCCUGUAUUUGACGUCCCCGCGUCCCCGUCCCACACGUCCCCGCGUCCCAUACUUGAUGUCCUCAAGUCCCUCGUCUUGCAUCUCCAAGUCCCAAGUCCCCACACACGCGUCCCAAUGUCCCCGUCCCCUUGUCCCUGUCCCACUUUUAUACACAGCCGGAAGUCACAGUCUUAACAUGUAUUUCUUAAAAAAAGAAUGAUCAAAAUAUUCCUUUUGCUUUCAGGUGACUUAUGUUAUCCAAGCUGAUCCCAAAGGAUGGAUUCCAAAGUGGGCGGUCAAUAUGUUUGCUUGGCAGCAAGCUUUAAAUGUUGCAAGGAUACGAAAGAUAAUAGAGGUAUGUUCAUCAUUAAAUUUUAUAUUUUGGUGGCCCUAACCAUGAAUCUUUGAGCUCUGUCCAUCAUAAGAAGUUCACAGAUGUAUGUAAAGCAUGGGUGGUGGACAUAACAAGUUCCUCCUGCAUUGUCCUUCGCAGGGAACUCUAGAUGCUAAGGGGAGGAUGUCUCAUCAUAAAAGAAAUGAUGGUAUGUCACAAUGAAUGAAUAGCAGUAGAUAAAUUUACAUUAGGCAAAUAUAGAAAGUUAAAAUUAGUUUUUUUCAUUUAACACAAAAAUUUAUUUUCUUUGUUUGUAGCUGAUGUCCAAGGAGUAUUGAUACCUCACGGCCAACGGUAUACCAUAAACAUACAUGUCGCAGAAGACAACUCGAUGAUUACAUUUGGAUUUUGCUCAAAUAACAAUGAUAUUGGGUAGGAACAUUCAUGUCAUGAGUGAAUGAUGUUAAAGGAAAGCGCUAAGCACGAUAAAUGUAAUAGUGCACACUGAACCAUAUAUUUAAUACCAACAGAUCUAUUACACACUGCAUUAUGUGGAAGAUCAUUACAACCAGUACAACCAACCAUGUGUGACUAGACCCCCUGCAGACUAGCAUCCAGACUUGUAGAUAUGUGUGAGAAAAUCUUUUUCCGAUUUUAUCAUUCCUCAGCCAGCUGAAAACAUUACUGCUUUUAUGACAGUGACUAUCCCUUACAUUUGAGGCACAUCUAGAUCUGAAACUAUUGCACACAUUCAACAAACUUACUGACAACACAACAGCGAUAAGCACCUUCAGAAGACUGUUUACAACUGAAGACAGACCAGAGGACAGACAGGGAGCAGUGUAGAUCAGAUACUGCAACUGCUAGUCCACUUAUGUUGGUGAGACUGGUAGAAACCUGAGCAUGCGACUGGCUGAACACAAACGAAUGACAAGAAAUAUUUAGGCCAACAAAGCAAUUACAGACGUACCCUCGUAUAAACUGGGACAAUGCUGAAUACACUAUAUAUCCUACAAACUACUACUAACAAAUCACUUAAUUCAUAGAAAGCUGGUUUACUAACUUCAAGCAAACACCAUUGAAUAGAAGUCAGCAAUUACCUGCGCCUUUAUACCUUGACUUACCAGUACUGAUGAACUCAACCAAAACAGACAACAAUAGUGACUGGACAAACCAAAAUUUGCCUAAAAGUAAAACAACCGUUGUAUUACUUACUUUGACAAAAAAUGGAUCAAGGUGUGCAACUCACAUUUUGAGUCUCCAUAGCCAAUACCAUCAGGGCUUAAAUGACAGCUAGAUGACCGAUAACAUCAUGACUUAAUUGACCAGUCAGGUCAAUAAUGAGAGGUAACAACAAGAAACAACUCAUUUUGACUCUGAAGAUGAGUAUUACACACAGUUGUCAAAACAUCAGUUACUGUCAACAACAGUCCUAUAAUUAAUUCAGGGAUACACUCACCUCGACAAUCACAGGGCUUUCACUAAUAUUUCAAGUUGCCGGGUAGGCAAGAAGUAGGUGGGGAAUCAAACAGCUAGGGAUUUCUUUUGGUUCUAUUUUUCUUCUAGGAAGGGGGCACAUUCAUAGUAGCCAGGGCUCCUCUAGCUCUUAAUGACAGCCCUGCAAUCAUAUUCCACCUACUUCUGAUGAUGUGAUGUUGUUGUAUACUUUGCGUGGCACUUGAGUUGAACCCUUUUUAUCUUUAGGCAUGUAAUAAUUACCCUACUUCAGGGGAAAGGGAGAAAAAAAAAGAAUAAAGGGAUACCUCAAGUGGAUCAGCUCCACUGAUGUCCCAACUUUAGAAAACUGACAUUACCUCCAGUGUACAUAUGCUAAAUGUACAUAACAAGAUCAGAACCAAAACUCUUUUCCGGUUUUGUUUAGGUGUUAUGUGUCUGGGUUACCAUCAGGAAAAGAGUGGAGUAAAUCCAAGAGGCUCAACUCACAUGUAGAACCGGUCACAGGGAAGGUUGGUAUUUGAAAGACCACUAACAGUCACAGUUAGGGGUUUUGCAUUAUAUCUAUCUUGCUUUGGUCCUUACAGGGACUGCUGUAGUUAGAGCUCCCAUCACCCUCCAACCCCAUCAAUUUUAAUAGUGGCCCAUGAAACAUUGAACGAUAUACACUCAGGAAACAUAACUAUCGAUACUUGACAUGCUUAUUCGUUGUCUGAUUCCAAGUUAAUAUUAUAAAUUAUUUUGAAUGUCAUCAAACUUAGGGUGUUAUAUUAACGAGUUACGGUGUUGCUAACAAUGGUAAGUUACAAUGACAAGCAAUGAGGUAUUGAAUAUUUUUAAUACCAUUGUUGCAGCAUCAACUGAAAAGUGUUGUAGUAGUGUUGCUCCAAGAAAGUGCUGAAAUAUACCUUAACCCAACGUGGGCCACAGGUUAUAUCACAAGCAUCCUUCUGGUUAAUAUAUGAACCAUAUUUAACCCUAGAGACCUAGGCUGUAGUUUUACUUUUACUUGAGUGAAUGACAAAAUCUUAAUUUCCAUUUACAGGUGAAGCCAAUAAUAUUUUUGUCCUAUUUUUUAUUUCUUUUCAGGUUCUGGUUGGUAAAGGAGAAUAUGAGCUGGUGUUUGAUAAUAGUUAUAGUUGGUUUAAAUCCAAGCAAAUUUAUUACUGGUACAGAGUGGGUCCUAUUGGCAGCUAGCCGUCCUGCAGGAGCAGGGCUUUUGUGCAUUCACUCAACAUGAGUGACAUCACAGAAUUGACAUUUUUUUCACUAUAAAGUCAUGGACAAUGGGCAUAAGAUUUUGGCCCAAUGAUUUUUGAGAUCAUUUGGUUGGACAACUAUGUGACUGGUCAGUGGUAUCCAAAGGCAACAAUUAAUUAACCGCCCACUGCCAAUAUUGUUUACUCACAUAAUUCCAAAAAUCAUUGUGCCUUUAAAGUUCCUCGUGAGUACUGGUAUUCCUGUGGUUUGUGGAGUGGAUAAUAGUAGCCAUAAACUUGCAGGGGAAAAAAUGGUAACCUCCCAAUUACAUUAUUUUAUUUCUGCAGGCAGAAAAUAGUUUUAGAAAAAA